AUGAGUGCCGACGGAUUCUGGCUCUUCGACGGUCUUGAAGACGUGCCCUACGGUCUUCUGCCGCUAGUUAACUUAAAUUCAAAGGGUGGAGCGUCAUCGACCAAGAACGUUGAGAGGAUCGGGUCGUACCAGUGGAGAUUGGAGGAUGACGACCCUGUUAUUCUUGUAAGAGCUCUGAACUUAAUUUUGAAAUUAUUUUCAAUCUUCAGCCGUUAUAAAAAUAUUUUCAAGUUCUUAAGCAUACUGUAAGUAUUUAAAAAUGGCAUUUAGGUGCCAGGACAGCCCAUGCAAUCAGGCUACUGGCCUGGAGGAAAGCUGUCUCAAGACCACGGUGUCCUAGUCUACGAUGUGAAUCAUCUUAAGGUAGGCCAUCUUUGUGACAAUAUUCAUCCGUUUAGGUGAAAGACGGUCCCUUGGACACUGCCAUUUUGGCUGCCAGAUUCAUAUCCGAAAAGAAAAAGAAGCCUAUCAACUUCGACGAGUACGACUUUAUCACGGAUGCGGUUAAUCUCCAGAAGUUGUUCGCGUUUGCACAGGAAGCCGGUGAAGGUCUUUUCAGAAUCGACUGUGAAAGGGUUGGCAAGACCGUUUUGAUGACAAGGUGAAUAUAAAAAGUUGCAAAUAAUGCUAAAAAUUUUUAAAAACUGAAAAUAUUUUAGUUUAUACAUAUGACAAAAAACAAAAUUAUAAUUUAAAAUACAGUAUCUCAACUCAAAAAUAAUUUAGAAUGGAAGCGUCUGACUUAAUGGAAAUUGGCCAUGUUACUUUUGAUCAGAACCUGAAAGCCAGAAUCAACAAACCUCGGUCCAAACAUACGACAGGUCCUUUCUUUCAGUUGGUUAGCUACAAGUUCGGAGACUUCAAAAUCCUAGUUAGAUACGAAGUAGAUUCUGCUGAUUAUGCUGCAGUACGUGCUGCUGAUCCGUAAGUUUAAACUAUUACUCUUUACCUUUUGAAUAAGACGAGUGGCAUAGAAACGCAUAUAAAUAUUGUAUAUUGACGUUCAUAUUUAGAACAGAAGAUUAAAGACAUGAUAAUAUGGUGCUGUAGUCAAUGUAAAAUAAUUUCAGAGACCCAUCCAAAGACCCAGAGAAAGUGCCCGAGGCCCAAAAGUUCUCGGAAAACGAAAACAUUAAAUAUAUCGAGUUCGGUGAAACGCUACGUGGUAUCCCUCUACAACUUCUGACUACUUAUCCUCAAGGCGCGGGUUUCCCCUUCUUCACGUGGGCACAGCUAUUCUUCACGGCCGCUGAUCAGGAGAUCGUCGGCUUCUUCAAAGGGAACGGUGACUUCGGAAAGCCGGCCAUCUACCCACUCACCGAGAUCUCCAAGUUGAUGAAGCCGUUGCCGUAUGUUGUUCUCAGCAAAGUACGUUUUUACGUUUAAGAACGAUUUAACGUUGGUUUACCGUCGUUUAAAGAAUGAUGUUUGGUUUAACGUUUAAUUUUACAACGUUGUAAUUCACGUUACUAUAAUUAUACAGUGGGUUUAACACAAAUUUGUGAUCAAACUUGUAUAUUACCAACGUUACCAUUAUUAUUUAAUAUAAGCAAAACUAUUACAAUGAGAUUACAAUGUUUCAGGUCCACGAUUCGCUGAACAAGAUCAGAAAGUUCUUGCUGACUAACGACCCCGACUUCCGGUUCGGCCUGAUCUGGAAAGGCAAGCCCAACCUCGAGAUCUACGCCAAACACCCUUCGGCGACUGGAGCCCUCACCUCCAAGGUGCGGGAGCUUCUUGCCCAGCAAUGUAAAGAACCUGUUCCCGAGGACCAGUAA